CGAAAUUCCAGUUUCAUUCGGGACGUCGGGUGAUUCAGACUCGAAUACGAUAGGACGGCGAAGUACGGUGACGGAAGUUUAGUUUACAUUCGUUUCUCUUUCUUCUGGUUCGAUUCAGUCACGCAACAUUACAUUCACAUCAGUGAAGUGAAGUGCAGUGCAUUUCCGUAGAUUGUGUACAAUUGGCUUGAGAAUAGCGAGAAAUAAAAAAAAACAGUGUCUGAUCAUGCGGGACUCUUCGGGUGUUGUUGUUUUUUCGACACACGCCGAACCGGCCUAAAUUUGCGCAAAAUUUUGUGCUGGAAUUACCGUUUUUUUGCCGUUCUCUCGCGCACUCAUACGCUUCUCCACUAGCGAACGAACGAGUGCAAGCUAAGCAAAGUGUGUAGUGAUCGAUGGUGGUGUUGGUGGUAUCGAGCCAGUCACAAGAAGAUAUUACACUUCUGGCUGGAUGGAAAGAAGCGGUGGCAAUCAGAUCGCACACAGAAGGAAAAGUUUGGAUACUGUUUUGCGCUCCGUGAUGCAAACAUAAAUAUUAAAGUUUUAUAUUCAGAGAGAGAGAGAGAAAGAAAGGGGAGGAAUAUUCCAUCAAACCCGGAACAAAGUAGGCUUGGGAUGUUCUAUCGGUAAACAAGUGCUGCUGAUGAGUGAUGUGACCGCGCGAGCCUCAAACCGAAGGUGUUCUGAAUAAGCGAAAAAUUUUCCCACAGUGUGUUGUGUUGGCUGACAGAUUGAGGUUAACUAGUGAAGGUAGGCGGAGAAUCGCCUCGCGAUAUUUGAAGCUGCUCUCCAGAAGAUCGAUUCCGACCGACCGACCGACCGUGUUGUGCCCCGCCGUUGUGGUGUGUGUUCGGAACGAAAUUACCAGUCGUCGUGUCGUGUGUUUCGGGACCGGUUUUCUUAGCGAUCGUGUAAAACCUCGUAAUGUGAUACGUUUUAGCAGUGCACGCCGAAGAAAAUAUAGUAAACAGAAAACGGGAAUCCAACGGGUUAAAAGUCGAUAAUCAUCAUCAUCGACGUUGUCAUCGUCAUCAGUGGUGGUGUUUUUUUUUGUUUUGCUUCUCUUUUUCAAACAACAUUCUAACGUACGGAACGGCGGCGGUGCUGACCCGAAAAGCUGACCUAGCCGGUUGGCACUAGCGCUAAGGCCAGCAGCAACAGCAGCAGCAAGCUAUGCGCCAGUAAAAGCGCAUUACCUACAUCGAAAGCAAAAAAAAAAAUAAAGCAAAAUUACACGGUUGACUUACCUUAUCGUGGCCUGGGCCGUCGUAUUUGGCGUGUUGCGGAACGAACUUCUGGGCAUUUUUUUUCUAGCCGAACGACGUUCAGUUAGAAGGAGUUAGUUUCCGUGCAUUUCACCGGCAUGAAAUUACACGGUUCCGAGUUGGUGCGGUUAUUACGAUACUGAAGUGAAGGCACGCGCUAGGAUUGCCGCUAGGGGCCGGGAAUAAGUGUGUGCACGCGUGUGUUUUGAGUGUUGUGGGGGUGGUGUUUCUAAAAGCGCGAUCCACGAAGAAGUUUAGAAAAAUAAUCCGAAUCGAAUGAAAAUCCAUCGCUGAUGAAAUAAUCAAGUGAGUGUGCUUGCUCAGCAAUCAAGUGAACGGUGAAGAAUUGAUGUGCGCGAAGAAAGUUUUGAAGCAGCUAAUUGAAUGAGCGUGAAAAGCUAAUAGAAACAAGUUGGCUGAUUGGCAGCAUUCCGGAAUCGGUAAAUCAAAUAGCACACAAUCCAAGAACAACGAACGCUGUGUUGUGACGGAGUAAACAAACACAGGCUGUCGGGUGCUUCUCGGUAAACAAGACAGUAUUCUUGAGGCACGGAUCAGCGUAAGCAGUGGGUCUCCGGUAGAUUUUACCAUCGGCAACGGAAUCAAUCAGAUUUUCCCUGGGCGACCCAACAUCCAGAAACCUACGACAAACGAAACUGAGUCUGAAACACAAUGACGACGUGAAAGUUGUAUUCUGGUUCGAGAAUAUGUUUGGGAUAUGUGAUAAAGCUGCCACGGAUCCGGAAUUUUAAUGAGAACCCAGUAAAGCCGAUUACCGCAGCAUUUUCACAGUCAAUUAGAUAGAGUACGCAACACUCACGCACACACACAUCUACAAAACGCAAAACGUUCCGAAGCAAUCGCAACCGAUGACUGCUGGCUUCGAUUAUUAAUGAUAAGUAAUCCCGUUUGGACGCCAUCCAGCAAGCAAACAAACAGCGUGAUAACAAACGCUCGAGUGGCAGCAAUUUUGAAUAGAGUUCACUGCAGUAGCUAAACGCCAUCGGGACCGACGACCACCACAACAGAAUCACAAUUCCGGUAAUACAUCUUCAUCCUGGAGCGCUUCCGGAGUCACCGCCAACAUCGUCGUAGUCAACAGAAACGAUGGAUCCCCAGUGGCACAGGAGAAAACGUCGAAUGGCGGUAGUGCGGCCACUUUGGACACUGGUGCUGCUCGGAGGGCUACUAGUGGCUAAUAUCUCCUGCGAAAAUAGCGAGAAAGAUUUCACUCAACAGUGCAGCAAAUGCAAAUGUGGCUGGAAAAGCGGGAAGCGGUAUGCCGACUGUAGCAAUCAGAGUCUGACCUUUAUACCGGACGACCUUAGCUCAGAACUGCAGGUACUUGAUCUGUCCAACAGUCGUAUCGGCGAAAUCCGAGGCCACGAGCUGAUGCGAGCCCAUCAGCAGAAUCUGCACAAACUUUACAUUAAGAACAGUACAAUCGAAAGUUUACAUCGGGAUGCAUUCCGAAAUCUAACCAUCCUGAUCGAACUGGACCUUUCGAUAAAUCAGCUCAAACGUCUGGAUCCCGGUUUAUUCGACGAUUUGAAAAAGCUUCGUGUCAUCAUGUUGAACCACAAUCUGAUCGAGCGAAUAGAGAACAAUCUGUUUCAGAACUUGAAAUAUUUGACAAAGAUUGAACUGCGAAAUAAUCUUAUCUAUCGCAUUGCGCUGCACAGUUUCAUCAAUGUUCCGGCACUGUCCUUGAUUGAGUUGGACUUCAAUCAGUUGAAAAUACUCCGGAAAGAAACGUUUCUAAAUUUGGACAAACUCACGAGCCUAUCGUUAACCAACAACCCGUGGAACUGCAGCUGCGCUCUGCGAAAUUUCAGUGAAUUUGUGGCAGCCCGUAGUCUGUACCGAUCGCCAACAACGUGUGCCGAGCCACCAUUCCUGGCCGGCAAGGAGUGGAACGAAAUUCAUCUGGAUGAAUUUGCCUGUCGGCCGCAGAUAAUCGAAAAUCGCAUAAUCUAUCCGGUUGAGGGAGAAAACGCUACCUUCGUUUGUAAAGUAACUGGUCUCCCGCUGCCAAAGGUGGACUGGUUGUUCCACAAGCGACCGUUCCCGAAAAAUGAUAAACGACUGAAUGUCGCCUAUGCCGUGAGGACUAAUGGGAAGGAUACGAGCGAAAUACUGGUAUCCGAACUGACAAUCGUUGGUCUGAAACCGUCCGAUCGAGGAUCGUACGUGUGCAAAGCCACGAACACCGGUGGAACCGAUGAAAGUGAACAGUUUUUCGAUCUUAAAAAGGAACCGGCAAAGCAAACACCAAGCCGUACGAACGACAUCCUGUGGAUCGUGCUGUUUGUGGUGCUCGCCAUUCUGGUCAUUCUGAUUCUGACGAUCGUGGUGCUGUGCUGCGUUUGUCGUAAGGCACGCAAGUUCAAGAAAAAUUCUUCCAUUAGCGAAAACGGACUGGUCAAUUCGAAACUGGACAAAUCGACCGAUGGAUCGGUGCUGGACGGUGGUUCGGUAAUCAUGGAAAUGCAGAAAAGUCUCCUGACGGAAGUGAAUCCAGUGGAGAAACCACCACGCCGGGCGGACAUCGAAGCGAACGACAAGGCGGACUACGACGAGGGCCACGAGGUCAAGAAGACACUGCUGGAGGAGACCGGUUUCGCUGCCCAGGAUGAGGAAACAGUUUCGGUGGCCCUGUCCGACACGACACCACGAUCACGCGCCACAUACGUCGAUGAUGGCGGUUACGGUACGGCCAAUUUGCCUCCGGAUCUGCUGGCCUUCCCAAAUACGCGCUUUCCACAAUCACCGUCGAUCCAGAGCUCACUGUCGAACAUUCACGACGGACGGAUAUACGGUAAAUCACCGCUUUCGAGUCCCAUCUAUCAGCACAGUCCCGCAAUGUUGGGUGCCACGGCAAGUGGACAGGUUCCGGUCGGAUUCCGAACGCUACAGCACCCGAAAACGGGUCGAACGAUAGCCAUCGCAGCACAGCGAUCGAAUUCUCCCUUCACGCCGGCGCCUCUGAUUUAUCCCCAGGUCGUGAUGAAGCAGGGUUACGUGACCAUUCCACGGAAACCACGUACCCCCAGUUGGACACCGUCAAUCAAUUCCACGGCAACCACGGUGGAAUUGCUCCCACCGACAAGUCCGACCUCGAUCGGAGAGCUACCGGCUGCAACGGAACCAGUUUACGACAAUCUCGGACUCCGAACGACCGCCUGCGGUAAUUCAACGCUCAAACUGAACAAAACUUUGAGGGCUGCCGGCGGACAGCACGGCAGCGGAAACAGUACGUACAGUAUGAAAAAUCGACCACUUCCAGCAACGCCCGGUGGACAGACGGCAUCGGCGAUGGGAGGAACUCACCCGAUUAGCACCAGUAUGCACAACAGUUCCUCCGGUAGCAACUACGAAUCGAUCCCGGAAAUGGCAGGAGGACAAUCAGCAGCCGGAGGAGGAGGAGGCCGCGAGUCGAUCUAUGGCAGAUCUACGGUCGCCGGCAACAACACAAAUGGCACCAACGGCAGCAGCAGUAGUAGUAGUAGUAGGAGUAAGGUACCUCCGCGACCACCACCGAAGCCUAAAAAGAAACCCAGCUCAGCGGGAAUAAACGGAGGUGUAAGUGCUGGUGCUGGUGGUGGUGGUGGCGCAAUCGGGAUCAGUGCCGGAUCCAGCGGUAGCGGUGGAUUGGUCAGUACGAGUAGUACCAGUCCACUGUUCGAUGACGAAGGUGAGGAUGGAACCGAGGUUUAGAAAACGGUUUCUGCUAGCUCUGAGCCGGGUGGGCGGGAGAUAUGUAAUCAUAAUGACGACGAAUAUAACCGGUCUAAGUAGGACCUGGGGGGAAGAACCGGUAGUGUGAGUAGCUUUUGAAAGGAAAUUCUUAUAUAUUAAUAUAUAUAUUCGACAUAGUAUAUUCGAUGAAAUAGGUAAUAGUUAUUUUUUCUACUCUAUUUGAAAGUGAAUUGUGAUUGCAAGUGAUGAGUACAGGAGCGAGAGAGAGAUGAGAGUGAAAUGAAGCUCUGAGCUAAGGCUGUAUAUUCUUGAAGGCGAACAGGCGAUUUAUGAACUCGAGAAAUAGCAUUAUUAUUAACUAUGAUAGUUAUUAUGUUUUUAUAAGAAAAUAACAAAAAAAAAAACUAAAACACAAAAAAGUGGCUGAGAGAGAAGAAGAACAGAAGGAAAGAUCAAAAGUUUGACCUAGACUAAUGUUAGUUACUGUAAGUUAGCUAAUAACUGAAACGAAAGUGGUAAAGUGAUCGAAAUAAUAGCUAUUUAUUAUUAACCGGAAGGGCAACUGUGAGGAUGGCAAGCCGAAGGAUAGCGAUUCCAUUUUAAAACCAAUUUCUUACAAUGAAUUACAUUCGCCGACAGAAAUUUUAGUUCGGAUUGUUAAUCUACUAAUUAGCUUUGUUUUUUUUUUCGUCCCGCACUAGUUGACGACAAUCAGCCUAAAACCUUCAUUGAAUUAUUGCCUCACUUUGCCGGUUGACCGCCGUCGUCGUCCCUCCCUCAGUGGCAACAACUUUUCCUACUAGGAAGCAGAUAAUAACACGAAAAAUGGUUUCUUUCUGUUGAAAAACAAAGCCUAAAAUUAAUUAAGAAAAAGAUUCACUUUGAAUCACCCCGAAUUAAAAACUGGCCCAGCCACCACCAGGACCACCGCCACACAGCUCCGAUAUUGCGGCAGUGCAUUACCAUGUUAGAUUGCUGUAAAAGUACCGCACGGACCGCUGCUGCUGCUGCUGCCACUGUGGUGGCUGCUCAAUUUCUGGAAACUUUUCCAUUGUCUGCUCGGUAGGCGUGAUGGCGUGAAAUCUUUUCCAUUCCUUUCCCCCUCCACAUCAAAGAACCAUCGCCACUCGGAGAGGGGGGGGGCUGAACUGUCAUCCAAUUCCGGCUAAGAGUGUUUCACCGUCAUCCCUUUCCAGCCCCAGAGAACCGGUGCUAUAGUUUUCCAUUAGCAGCUUUGUUUGGGCUGACAUUUUUUUUUCUUCUCCUUUCGCCCGGUUCUUUUCCUCCUGCAUGUCGUGUCGUGCCGGAUAGAACUUUUUGGCUAAUUAUGCCGUUUUUCUAUGCAGAUCAACAUUUUCAUCUGCGAUCAUUAAUAUUCUUGUUCAAUGUUGACGGCGGGCGUUUAAAAUAAAUUGCUUCGCACGAAGUUUGGAUGGUGGCCAACGCUCGGCGGGACCAUCGACCGUCGCCAUCCUUUGUUCGGUUUCUGACAUUCAGAGUUUGGUAGACAAAUUUCAAUUUGAAUUAUGCAUCACAACAAAAACGAACUUAAUAUAGUCCUACCGUGGAGAUAACAGCGAGUUUUGAGGGUUAGAUUCCGUAAUCAAAAUUUCCAUUUUUAACAAAAAAAAUCUAAAUUGGCCCUUCCCGCAAGUGUUCGUUUUAGUGCUGUGAGAACCCGCACUUCGCGAGAAAAAACGAAUUUUCAUUAAAAAAAAAAACGAUCGCAGUAGGCGUGCUGCCGUCAAAAUUGGUCGAAAAUUUACUUUUGCUUAUUUUGUACGAAAAUGUAAUUCUUUCUAAUUGUGGUAAUUCUAUGCUAAGUAGAAGUGAAUUUUUGUUUCCUGUAUAAAGAAACGUGAUUCGACGGAAACAUUAUCGACAUCCCGAUUCUGUAUUUUGUUCGAAUCGGAAAAUUUAGAUCGAAUGGGUCAUUUUGCAUUCUGUAUCUCGAUCGAGUUCGAAGUUUCCAUACGAAAGUAUAUUUUUUACAUUCGAUCCUAAGCUGAGAUGCCAUUUAUACAGAUUUUUACAUGCGCAUACAGAUUUAAUUUAGAGCACAGAUUUUAUACAGAUUUACUCAAUUUAAUACAGAUUUAUACAGAUCUCACAAAAAGUAAGAAAGAAAAAUUUUUACUUUUCUGUCUGAGCUAUCUUUUAAUUUUUGAUUCCAGUGACGAUAUAAAAGUCUAUCAAUCAACGGACAAAUCACAAAUUAAUAUGAAAAUCUGUGAAAUCCAAUGACUGAGUGGAAACAUAUAUUGGAGAAGCCAAAUGAAUGAAAAACUAACAGAAAAGAUGAUUUUUUGGAAAAAGAUACGCUCAGAGACAGUACUUUAUUCAAGGAAGUAAUGGCAUCAUGAAACUUUGCUGUAAAACUGAGAGUUGUAUGAACCGACUUGACGUUGGCGUUGAAAUUCAAUGUCAAAUUAUAAAGUCACCAAUUUCAAACUAGAUAAAUAUAUGGAAUUACAAUUCAAUUGUGGAUAAAAAAAACUAUGAAACUUCGCCGUUGAAUAUUCUUGUGAGCCCGGCAAUGACUGAUUGAAUCUACCAUCCUACAACCACAAUCUAUUGGAAUAACAUCUUUUAGCAUCAUUUUGUUGUUGUGUUGAAUUUCAUUUUAUUAGUGAAUACAGAUUAAUACAGAUUUUUUUUACAAAGAAUACAGAUUUUCUAUGAAAAUAUCUGGCAUCUCUGAUCCUAAGCCAAAACCUGACAACUGGCUUCUUAUGUACGAUUCAGACGAUCCGGCUUCUUCCGUCACCGUCACCGGAACGUCAGCCUCCGUCAAAAUUAGUCAAAUGAGUUUUCCCUUUGCGCAUUCACACGAUCCAGCAGAGAUCCGGAACGUCAACGUCCGUCAACGGCAAGCUCCGUCAACAUUUCUCCGAAAGAAUAUUUGACGGACUGUGAUUAUCGCACACAUGCACGAUUCAUAUGAUUACGGUAUUGAGCUGACGUUUGUUAUGUAUGUAUUCGGUGUCAAGAUCCCACUCUUAAACGAAAUAUACCACAUAUAAGUAAUUAAACUUAUCAGUAGAUUUGCAAAGUACGUUACGUAGUUGAGUGGAACUGAUUGUAUGGUUUUUUCCUCUUUCUAGUUAAUUUUGAAAGUUAUUUAUUCGAUUAAAAGGUAGGAAAACAACAGAUCGAUUGGGUUCAAAAGCUCUCAGAUUUUGUAUUAGUGGAAUAAAAUUGUGCGAAACUAAGUUCUUCAAAUUCAACGUGUUAGAAAAUGACAUGACGGACACGGAUAGGAAACCGGAUCGUGUGAAUCAGAAUGACGGUGACGGACGUUGACGUUCCGGUGACGGUGACGGAAGAAGCCGGACCGUCUGAAUCGUACUUUAUUCUUCCUUUCGAAUCAUCCUUCUCGUCAUUUUCGCCCUGGGGAAUAAAUACCAACGUAUCGGCUACAGUGUAGCCAUAUUUACAGAUUUUUUAAUAAUUUUAUGCUAAAAAAAAAUUAUUUAAUUUUUAUACUCGGUUUUUGAUUUGCAAUAAACAUGAAAAACUCAAAAUCGAUUCCAUUGUUGACGUAUUACCGGAUCUUUUGGAAACCGGAAAAAGUCAAGUUUGGAUAGAAAUGCUUAGUGCGACCACAGUGUGAAACACAACAGUUCAUUUUUCUCGUAAAACUAAAAACACUUUCGAGUUUACACUAAUUUAACAAUUUUUUUUGCUUACAGUUUAAUUCACUAGAAAGAGAAACGGCUGCUGAUUUUAAUUACACAGUGAUGCCACUAUAAACAUUUAUUACUCGAUCAUCUGCUUUAUUCGAUCGAUAUUACGACAUCCCUAUCUGUAUGUUUGUUUGUUUGUGGUGGAACAUCGCAGUUCACGAAAAUUUACAUUCGUGAACUGUGUGCGAAUUAGAAACUACAUGGUUUGAAGUUAAUGAAAUAAAAAAAAAUCAAACAAAAAUCGGCAGUGACUGCGACUUGAACCGAAAAUCACUAGAACAAAAAGUACGUUCGUUAAUCGACUGAGCUGCAGAAGCACAUAUUUGCUGGGCAGGAAAACGGUGCCAAUUACAGCCGGAACCAGUAAAUCCAUUCAAAUGCGACAUAAAAUUCGUCAAUUGCUUCUGAUUGAAAAACAUUGACUAGUUGACUCCGUAGUUUAUGCAUUUUUUUCCCAAAGCACAUAAAUGAUUUCUCUAAUGAAUGGAACGUCUAUCGGUAAAAACAGCCAACAUCCGGAGAAAAAAGUUCCACAAUAGGCAACGAAAAAUUAGCGUACCACUCUCAGCUUUUCCCAGAUGACUACGGUCAAUCAAACCGAAAGGACGGUCGGCUUCGCUAUCCUUCCGCUUGCCGUUCAGCUUGCCAGUUAAGCAUUUUCCGCCGUUGGCUCCGAACCGUUGGUGUUGUUGUUGGAGGCAGGCAGGCGUGUACAGACAGCAGGAGAUAUAAUUAGAUCACCAGUAAUCAAAACGAAGAAAGUAAGAACAGUAAAACAAACAAGAGUGCCAAUCGACUGAGUGAAACAAGUUUAAAGUUGCAAAACUUGUGUAGGUGUGUGUACAAUUUGAAACAGCAAAACACGAACAAAUUGUAAGAAGAGAACGGGGCUACACUCAGGCAAAAAAUAUAUGGAAUUUCAUAGUGAUUUCGUAUGAUUUUUAGCCACAAGAAUAUCGUAAGCGAAUCAUAAGACCGCCUUAUGAAAUCCCAAAAAUAGGAAUUCCAAUAAAACGCCUUAUGAAAUUCAUACGAAAUUUUUAGGAACAUUGUGCGAAAUUUCUAUGACAAACAUAACUUCUCUCAUAUAUUGUGAAGUUCAUAAGUUGUUCGUAUGAAAACUAUAAUAGUGAUAGAUGAGAUGUUUAUUGCAGAGGUAUAUUUUUCAUAUUUAUCUUAUGAAAUUAUGAUUUUGGUGAUUUUUGAUGCAUCAUAAGAUUUGCCUUAUGACUUUCACUACUCAAUUUGCUUGAGUGUAGGAUUGAACUAGUGUAAAUAGUAUUCAACAAAAAAAAAAUAGUAAUAAUUAUAAUAAUAACGAUAGUACGGAUAAAAUGAAAAUUUAAGAACAAGUUGGUUAGGUAAAUUUUUUUAUAUACAACUUGAGAAAUAGAAGAAAAAAGUAAACAACGGCAAACGGAUUAUAAAAAUCGCAAACACGUACUACAGUUUUUGUUUGGCUCAGACCAAAAAGAAACGGAAAGCAAAAGCUAAGGGUCGAAAUUCUCAUUAGUAUUCAGGGUACACAUACAGAAACACACAGACACACAUCCUCAAAUGUGUUUUGUCCGGACCACAUCCAGCCACACCCACAAACCGGGUGCGAGUUUUUUCUGCGUAAAAUUUUUUUUCCCAUGUUUAUUUUUUUCCGUCAUCAACUUUGCUAAUGAAAACCUUGGCUGUCAACAUUUACAUACACACUCACACGAACACAAAUAAACAGAACAAUAAAAGUUGGUUUCGAAUGUAAUACAAAAUGUAAACUACCAACCCGAUAGUAGUUUCCGCGGUUCUGAAUAUUUACUGCUCCACUCGGGAUCUCGCUCGCAACGUGGUUUCGCAAUGUGCGGGAUUCGGGAUCAAAGAGGAAAUCUUCGGGGAAAAAAGCUGGUGGCGCGCUGGUUGUCGUCGUUCGGGCGUCUGUGUGUGUGUGUGUUUAUGUAUGUAUGUGCUCUGGUGGAUUAACCAACGGGGGGUGCUACAUAUUUAAUUUUCUGUCUCUCUCUCUCGCUCGCUUGCUGAACUGAGUGAUACCCACACAAAGUAAAGCACAGAACCAAUCCGGGGCAGAAAUAUACAAAAUCAAAAGCAUACUACAAACAAAACCGAGAGCAAGGAUUAGUGAGUUAUUUCAUUCAACAUUCAGUUUCCCUAUGUAUGCCUUACUUAGUUUAAGCGUUUUAUUUUUCUACAGGAAAACAAAAAUGUAUAUUGAAUCCGUAAGUUAAAUUCUAAGAAGAAGGGAAAACAUCGCCGGACCUGUUCCGUUGUUUGCUUUCAUACAUCAUAAAAUCACACACAAAUAUAAAUAUUAAACCAUAGUCGCAGAAAUCGAUUGUAGUAAGAACCGAAAUGCUAGCUAUAUGGAAGAGAAGUGGACCGACUGGGAGGUCCAGCAGCACGGACCGCCACGAUUAAGAUCAAGUGUACUUGUAGUCUCAUAAGCCGGAUGAUCAGCGAUUUAUAAAAUCGAUGAAAACUCGUUCGUUUAGUUUUUUCUGUGCUUCUUUUCCGGUUAAUUUUUAAGUUUACUCUUCUCUCCAUUCAAACGACAAAACCUAACACGUAAAAUAUGUAUCGAAAAGAAUUAUACAGACAGACGUGACAGAGGCAAGCGUAAAUCUGUAACACGGAAGUUCGGUGAAUAAAGUAAUAAAAAUCAAACGAAAACUGAGAAAAAAA